UAUUUAUUUUAAAUAAUAAUUAUAAUCUUCUUUAUAAUUAUUAGUUAUAAUUUAUUAAGAGAAAUUUGUUAAUUAAUUAUUAAUUAUAUUGAAAACUAUCGUUUGGUCAUUUUUAGUAAUAACCAAAAAUUGUAAAACAUUUGUAUAUAAUGUGAGUUUAGAAAAGUGUUUGUGUCCAUUCUUGUUAUAGUCACAGGUUUAAGCACAACUGUCAGAAGAGCGGGAUUCAGUAAAUUUGUUUAGUUGCAUCGUAAUGCUUUAGGUAUAGUUUCUUUGUUAUUAAUUUUAUUUAAAAUAGUUCUGCAUAAUUUGUUAAAAUGUCGCACAAUAUCUCCAAAUCUAGUCCACAUGGGUUUUGCGACGCAAUAUUUUCUAUGUCACCAAUAAAAUUUGACAAAGAAAACAAGUCUCCGGCAAAAGAGGUAUCAAAAGCAUCACAUCGUAAUAUAUUUACUGAAUCACCUACAAUAAAAAAUCAAAAUAAAACAAAACAAUUGUUAUAUAAAAAACAUAAGUUAUAUACGAGAAAUGAGAUUUCUCAAUUUCUUGAUCCAUUGAAAAGAUCGUCUAAUGUCGAUGAUAAACAUUCCAAAACAAUAAAUACAUUACAAAACAAUGAUUCUUUCAUAUCCGGUAAUAUAAUGAAAACUCCUUUAAAGACAGAAUCUGUAUCCAGAUUAUCUGAUAAUAAAGCUGUUUCUGGAUAUUUAUGUACACCAAAGCAGCAAAAAACAUGUUUAACUCCACGUAAUACAAAAAUGAACGUAUUAUCUUCUUCUAAGACUCCUACAAAAAGAUAUUUCAGUGAUCAAAAUCUAUCACAAGCGACUCCUGAUUGUUUUAGUAAAGUACAACUUGAAACGCCUAGUGUUAAAUUUAAUGAUAUUGGAAUGGAUGAAGCUAUUGAAGGUGAAAAUAGUAAUUUAACAGUCGGUAUACGUGUGAGACCUUUGAAUUUAAAAGAAUUAAGUGAGGUAAAAAUUGCUUCAGUUUUAAAUAUUGAUGGUCAAAGCAUUAAUGUAGAUUGUGAAACAUCACUACAUAGAUUUACAUAUGAUCAUUGUUUUGUUUCUUACUCUGAUUCGUCAAUAUCUAAACAUGCUAGUCAAGAAGUUGUUUUUAAUACCAUGGUAUUGCCAUUAGUACAAAAUGCAUUUGAAGGUUAUAACGUAUGUCUGCUUGCAUAUGGUCAAACAGGAUCUGGUAAAAGUUAUAGCAUGAUGGGUAUUGAAUCUUCUCAAGAAAAUUCUAUGAGCGUUGAUAAAGAGGCUGGUAUCAUACCACGAUUUUGCCAGGAAAUAUUUACACAAAUACCCAGUAAUAAAAAUUUUAAAACAACAGUAGAAAUAAGUUACUUUGAAAUUUACAACGAGAAGAUACAUGAUCUUCUAGCGAGUGCUACCAAUGGAGAUAAAAGGACAGCUCUUAAAGUUAGAGAACAUCCAGUUUAUGGACCUUAUAUUGUAGAUUUAAGUCAGCAUUGUAUAAAAAAUUAUAAAGACUUACAGAUUUGGUUGAAAGUAGGUAAUUCUCAGAGAGCAACAGCAGCAACUGGUAUGAAUGAAAAAAGUUCACGAUCACAUAGUAUUUUCAGUAUUAUAUUAACUCAAACGCAAUUAAAUGAUUUGAAAUGUUCAUCCACUGAUGCAAGUCGUCGUAGUAAAAUAAAUUUAGUCGACUUAGCAGGCAGUGAAAGAUUAAGUCAAACCUGUGCAAGUGGAAAUAGAUUAAGAGAAGGUGUAUCUAUCAAUAAAUCUCUUCUUACCUUGGGGAAAGUAAUCGCAUCGCUUGCAGAAAAUACAAACAAUCGUAAACGAGGUUUUGUCCCAUACCGUGAAUCUGUUCUAACGUGGCUACUAAAAGAAAGUUUGGGUGGAAAUUCUCGAACGGCAAUGUUAGGUACAGUUUCACCAGCUAACAUUCAUCUCGAAGAAACCUUAUCAACUCUUCGAUAUGCAUGCCAGGCACGAGCUAUUGUUAAUCGCAUUCGAAUUAAUGAAGAUCCACAUGACAGAUUAAUUCGCGAAUUGAAGGCGGAAGUCUUACGAUUACGAGGAGUUCGUGAAGGAUAUGAAAAACAACUUGGAGUUUGUCCACGUAAGCUUGUUGAUAGCAUAGAAUCAAAUGUAAAGGACAGUAAGGAGAUUGAACGAAAGCAAGAAGAAAUUAACAGGUUAAAAGAACAAUUGAAAAAAACAGAAGAACAACUUGCUGCCACUCAAAAGAGCAGCUUGGAAAAAUUACAGGAAACCGAAGAAAGAAAGAAUUCCGAGCUAAAAUAUUUACGACGUUGUGGAAUCGCAGUUGAAAUUGAUUUACGUGAAAAGGAUAAACAACCAUGUUUAAUAAAUCUCGCUGCUGAUCCUAUGUUGUCUGGUACAUUGUUGUAUUUAAUUCCGCCUGGUUUGGUACGCAUUGGAAAACGUUCAGAGAACUCAGAAACCUUUAAAAAAGUACCAUUGGAUAUCGUUUUGGAUGGGCCACUUGUUAGAAAAUUGCACUGUACCAUAGAAAAUAAAAAUGGUAAGCUUAUGUUGUUGCCAGAGAUGGAUGGUGAUACCUAUCUGAAUGGUCAGGUGGUGAGUGGGAAAGUACAUCUAAAACAUGGUGAUCGACUUGUCAUAGGUGGCAAUCAUUACUUCAAAGUUUCAAAUCCACAUGAUGAGACUGGAAACAUACAAAUUUCUUCGCAGGCUAUAGACUUUGAAUUUGCACAUCAAGAAAUACUCAAGAUACAAGAAGAAAAAUUAAGAGCAGAACUGGAGGAAUCAAAACAGAAAGCCAUAAAGGAAUUAGAAAAUGCAAAACGAGAAGUAGAGUUACAACUUGGCUCUCAAAAAUCUACCUAUGAACAUAAAAUCGAGGUUCUUGGUAGUACAUUGGAAGAACAAAAAUUAGCAUUGGAAGAAAUAAAUCGUCGUAAACAGGAACUUGAAUUAGAAAAGGAGAUACUCGCUAAUGAAAUAGAAACGAAUAAUAGAAUCAAAAAAAUUCAACAAGUGGAAACUAAGGCAAAUGUUUCACCAUACAAGUCAAAUUUUCUUCAAGAAUUAGAAAGCAUAUUGAACGAAACUACUGCAGAUUUUGAAAGUGCCCUUAAAAUCAAAACCAGUGCCGAGACUAUAAAAGCUGGUGGUAUUAGUUUGCACGAGAUGCAAAUACUCGUUAGGGAAGCAACUGAACGAUGCAGAGAAGUUGGCAUAAAUUAUGAAUUUAAUCAACAGCAGACUCUAAUUGAUAAGAAUCUGAGACCUGUGAUUCGUGUUCGAGAUAAAGAUCAUAAAAAGGAAACAUUGUGGGAACCAAUGCGAUUUUUAGAUUGGGUUCAUCAGUUGCGUGAUUAUGAUAUAGAAAAUUCGUUGAAAGAGUUACAGAAUUCAGAAAAUGAUUGGAUACCUUUCGAUAAUACCGAAACGUUCGAUGAUUCUUUAAAUAAUAGUAGAAUUUCAAUAAAUUUAACACCUGUGAAGAAACAUUUGAAUGAAAGUUUUCAACAAUUAUCUAUGGAUACGUCGAUGCAUGAUUCUAUGACGCAAGAGGAAGUAUCCGAAUCUCAACAGCGCAAGAACGUAAAUACUUAUCUUAUGCAAAUUGAACGCGCAACACAAUCUUUAAGUAAACUAUGUCAACAAUGUGAAAGCCCUGAAAUUAACAAUACAAUUAGCGAUUCUUUAGAUAGAGUACAAAAUAUUAUCGUUGAUAUAAGGAGUAUGUUGCUCGUUAAAAAUUUGAAGGAUAAUAAAAAUGAAAGUGUAAGUUCGACUGGAUCUGUUAAUAAUACUGUGAUCGAAAGAAUUGAUUGUACAAAUACCGUGCAAUUUGUGAAUAAUGAUAUUCCUAAAGAAGAUAUCAAGUUAAAUGCAUCUCCGGUCAAAUCAAAUUUACGCAGUAAUAAUAUUACACAUCCUAAAAAUGGAAAUAUUCCAAAAUCCGUACGAUUUACGGAUAAAAUUCAACAUCAUCUAACUUAAUAUUUAAAAGUAGAAAACUUGUCAAAUAAUAUAAAAUAUUUCUUUCUUUGCCUAUAAUGGCUGAAAAUAAUAAAGCGAGAAUAUGACACCUGUGAUAUAUUAUUCACUAAAUGAUUUUUAUAAAAUUAUUGAAGGUUUAAAAAUAAAGUAAUCAACCGUUGUGUCCAACAACAAGCUUUUUCUUGAAAAUAAAUUUGUCAUAUUGUUAUUAGGAUCUCUUAAUCUCAUUCAUUCUUGCCAUUUUUAUUUUUAUUUAUCUUCUUGACAAGACUUAUUAAUAUUUUAUUAUAUUUGGUUAUAUUCUUAAUCUCAUUGAUAAUUAAAAAUGUUAUAUAAAUUUAUAUGUAAUAUUGAUUAUUAAAAAAAAACUAUUGCCAAUGUAUAAAUAUUUAGAAACGUAUCUUAAGAUCAGUUCAUAUGUAAUUAGAUUAAAUAAUUAUUUACAUAAGCAUGAUUGGUAUCAAUAUAUUGUUAAGUUAUAAUGGUAUAUAAUUCGUGUGUUGUAACUUUUUUAAAACUGUAUUUUUUUAAUGCAAUCUUUUUAUAACAGUUAUUUUUAUGCCAACGUGAUUUUACUUUUAUUUCUGAAUUAAUUAAAAAAAAAAAAAAAUAAUACUUGGAAGAGAAAAGGGUGAUUUAUAUGAGUAGUAUUUUUUUUAUCUAUCUACAUUUUUAUAUCUUACCUUUGUGUGUUUUAAAAAAGUACAACGAUGAAACAUGAAGAUUCAGAUAGUAUGAUUUUAAAUAAUAUAUAUUUUCACACAAAAUUUUUGUAUAUUUGUAACGAACUUAAUAUAAUAAAAAAAAAAGCAUAGAUUAUAAUAGUACAAUAAAUUUAUUAAAUUAAUCAAAAUAAUCUUCAAUGUCAAUAUCAGGAUCAAGUAUGUCUUCGCCAUAUGGAGUCAAGUCUAUCUGAUUGAGAACAAGGUUUUCACACAUUUCUUCUAGAUUAGUAUCUCCUAUAAGUACUGCUCCUUGCAACCUUCCAUUUUCUAAUAUAAGCUUUAUAUAUUCUUCUUUUUUUGUUACUCGAAGCAAUAUCUCAUAAUUUUUAUCUAACUUUUGACCAUUGUAUAAACCUAUCAAAACUACUUUGUAAUCAAAAAAUUUAGUAACGUGAGUAAAAAGUUCAAAACAAAAAUCUUGCAUGUAAUCUUCUUCUUUCAGACUCGAAGUCAUAGACUUUGCGGCAUAAAUUCCCAUUUGAUGUGCUUGCGUCCAAAGUCUCAUUUGAAACCAAUGCUUUGCUAUUUCCCAUCUUGCAGUACAUACAUCUCCUGCUGCAUAAAUAUCCUUUUCCGAAGUUUCCAAUUUCCAAUCCACGCAUAAACCUUCAUCUUCUCCUUUCUCAAGAUUUUCUAAACCCGUUAAGUUUGAGUUUGGUAUAACACCAGUUGCAGAUACAAUAAAAUCACAACCAAUAAUUUUACCAUUUGUUAAUUUUAUAUACACAGGCCAGUUCUCGGUAUCGCUACAUUCUGUAACUUCUUCUUUCUUAAGAAUUUCAUUUACUUCGCAUUCAUAUUCAAUCUGGACUUUUCUACAGUUUGAUGAAGUACCUUUUAUAACAAAAUUAUUAUGCCAAUCUGGACCAAGAGCAGGUCCUCCUUCCUUAGAUGGUCCAGUAGUAGUAUACCUCAUUCUUCGGAUAGGUUUAAUGUCACUAUUUUCUGAUUUAUCUGUAUUAUAAACAUCUUGUAAAAAGAAUUCUGCUGCACCUGGAUCAAUAAAUGUUGCAGAUAUGUGCUUAUCCUUGAUCACCCAAACUACUUCAACAUUUUUUACUUCAUGCACAAGUUCAGUUGCAAUGCCUCCAUUUCCAACAACCACAAUUUUUCUAGCAUUUUGAAUCUUUUGAGAAAAUUGAAGCACAGAUUCAGUAUCUCGAAUACCUAUGACAAAUUUAUUAUUUUCUGCGAUAAGUUUUGGUCUGCCACCAUUACAAAGACAUAAUUUUGUAUAUUUUAUUGAUCUUCCAGUUUGAGUUUUUAUAUAUUUCUUGUUAACAUCUAUAUUUGUUACAAUGUCAUGUAUAACUUGUAAUGAAGGAUGCUUUUCAGUAAGGGUUUUUGCAUUUUUCUCCUCAAUAUCAAAUUGCAUCACUGUCUUACCCAAUGGAAUAAUAUUUGUUACUGUUUUAAUUAGCGGACUUGCAGUAAUUAAUACAGUACUUUUCUCUGGCGCAAGAAAACUUAUACCUUCUGCACAAGACACACCUGCUAUACCACCACCUACUAUAGCAAACGUGCAGUUUAUGAUUUCAUCAGCCAUUUUUAUUUUAUAUCAAUUGUAUCAACUUAUAGAAAAUAUUCUUUUCAACAUAGAUGCAAUAUCUUAUGUAAUAUUCAUCAAUUAUUUAAUAUUUUUUAAACAAUUAUAUUUGUUUUUGUUCGUUAUACCACUCUGAAUAGUCGUAUUUCCUAAGUGGAACAUCAAACGUUAAAGUACCAUAUUCUUUUGCUUUAAGCACAGCUACAUGAAGUUGUUUAUAUCUUCUUUGACAAAUUCCAGUUUUCCUGGUAAACAUUUGAUGAUUUAAAGCUAUUUAAAUUUUAAUUAUCAAAUCAACACUUUGAUAAAACUUACCUGUAAUGUAGUACUUCACCUGUAUAUAUAGAAAUGAAUUGUUCCAAUAAUUUAACGUUCCUGUAAUCCAAGAUUAAAUAUUCAUCUCUGCAUA